AUGAAGGAGGAGGCUUCUGGUCUCCCCGGCCUGGCCAUUGUGACAACCCCCUGGACUGGUCUCCGGGCCAUUGUGACACCCCCUCUGGACCCCACGAGGGAGGCCUCGAGCCAGCCGUCCACCUCCCCGGCUUUCCGAAAACCCCACCUCCCGGACAUCGGGGCAGGGAUGGACAACAGGGGGAAAAAUGAAGGCGGGUCCAGCAACCACCCCAGCCACUUCCCCAAAAGGACCUCCCAGUUCAACAAGCAGGGGUCCUCCUGUGCCCCGCCGGGAGCCAGCAGGUAUCGCGUGCGCUCUGCCACACCCCAGGAUUGCCCCAUCCUCCUCCGCCUUAUUAAAGAAGUCGCUGCUCUUGAAGAAAGGCCACAUCCAGUCAGGUUAACGGAGAAAGAUCUGGUGGACGACGGCUUCGGACCUCAGCCACUCUUUCACUGCCUGCUGGCAGAGGUGCCCGCAGAGGGUCCCGCCUCAGGCUUCCUGGGGGUCGGCUUCGCCAUGUACUACUUCACGUACGACCCCUGGAUCGGCAGGGUGAUCUUCCUGGAGGAUUUUUACGUGGUGAAAAGUUACCGAGGUUUGGGCAUUGGGCAGGAGCUUCUGAAGAAGCUAAGUCAGGUGGCAACCUCCUUCCACUGUGCCUGCAUGCAGUUUCUCGUCAACGUGAGGAACCAGAAGUCAGUGGACUACUAUGUCAACUGUGGGGGUUUCGACCUGUCCUCGGAUGCCGGCUGGCACCUGUUCCGACUGGCCAAAGACGAUCUGUCCAACCUCGCGAUCAAAGAAAGCAAGAAGUUCCCAGAGAGCUGUCCCAAGGAUCUGGGCCAAGGGCAAGUCUAGACCUGAGACCUCCCCUCCAGGUGGGAGGGCGGGCCGUCAGAUCUCCACGAGUCCCACGGGCCACUGCCCGUGGGUUGCCGUUGAAUCGCUGGCCGUUCAUUUGGAAGCCGGGCGUGCAACAAGGUUUUUCACCGGGCUGUCGCUCGUCCGAGCAGCCCCGGAGCCGGA